CGAAUGAUCAACAAACACAAUUCCAACGUUGAAGAACACAGUACUUCUCAACAAGCUUAAAAUAAACGUAUACUGACAAAAUGAACUUCAAUAAAAUUUUCGUUUUUCUGGCUGUAUUCAUUGCCGUCUUCGCCGCACAAACUGAGGCAGGAUGGUUGAAAAAGAUUGGCAAGAAAAUUGAGCGCGUCGGUCAACAUACACGAGAUGCUACCAUCCAGACCAUUGCCGUAGCGCAACAGGCCGCCAAUGUUGCGGCAACAUUGAAGGGAUAAACUGAAUAUGUUGGAAUGUUGUUACAACAAAUAUUUAUGUACUUAAAAUUAGUUUAGUAUUUAUUUAUUUAGACCAUUUUGUGACUAAAAUUAAAAUUAUAGUAUUUGAAUAAAAUUAAAUUUUCAA